AUGGGUUAUACUUUCCAUUAUUUCCCCCUUCGAGCUGUCGGUGAGCCAGUGCGCCAACUCUUCAAAAUCGCAGGAAAAGACUUUGAGGACAAGAGGAUCACUUUUGAGGAAUGGAUGGCCGAUGUGAAACCGACAAUGCCUUUCAACCAGCUGCCCGUUCUCGAGUUGGAAGACGGUACGAUGAUCGCCCAAUCCGCCGCAAUAGCUCGUUAUUUGGGAAAAGAAUUUGGGAUCCUCUGGGGCAAGAACAAUCUCGAGGCAGCGAAAGUCGAUGGUUUCAUCGAUCUCUACAAGGAUUACUACAACGAGAUCCGUCAAUUCUAUUACACUGCGCUCGGGGUUUUGCAAGGAAAUUUGGAUGAGCUGUACGAGUCGGUUCUUGUGCCAGCUGCCGAUAAAUUUUUCGCUCUCGUCGAGGGAAGAAUUGAGAAAGAAGGACACGGAUAUUUGGUUGGAUCCGAGAUUUCAUACGCUGAUUUGGUUGUCUGUGAUCACAUGGUCACGCUCAAUAAUCUUCGACCCGAAUACCUAAAGAAACAUCCAAAGCUGGCUGGCUAUCAAGAGAAAGUCUACUCUCAUCCGGCGCUCAAGAAAUGGCUCGACGAGCGUCCAGAGGACAAAAUG